AUGGUUUAGGGGUGGACUUGGCUGUGCUGGGUUAAUGGUUGUAAAUAAAGAUCUUAAGAUCUUUUCCAGCAUAGAUGAUUCUAUAUGCUCUGCCUCUUGCAUGUAUGUUCCUCUCAUGCUUUCCCUGCUACCCAAUGCUUGCUUUCUCCUGCAUGUUUUGCCUCUCCUGCCUUUCACCUGUAUGUUGUGCUGAGCCUCUCUCACGUGCUUUUUUUCUUGUAAUUCCAUACUUCCCUGUCUCAUUCUGUCACCUUGCCCUUGUGCUUUAUCUUUUGCCUCUUGUGUGUACUUCCCUCCACUUGUGUGAUUCCCCUUCUUGCAUGCAUUUACCCCCUCUUCCACACUUCCCCCCCUUAGGUACAUUUCACUCCCAUGUGCAUGUUUUCUUUGCAUGCAUGCUGCUUCUCUCUCACACACUUUGCCUUUCAUGUGAGCUUACCUUUCGUGUGCUCUGCCGCUCCCACGUUUGUGCUUUGCCUCUCAUGUGUUUUGCCUCUCUUCCUCACUCACUUUGCUUCUCCUAUGAUUUGUUUUCUCUUGUGCUUCCCUUUUUGCAUUCUCCCUUGCUUCAUGUCUUGCACUUUCUCCAUUCCUCAUGUGCUUUCCCACCUCUUGGCACAUCCUUGCAAGCACUUUCCCUCUCUCUCGUGCUUUCAGUCUCUCACUUGUGCUUUCCCUUCACUGCUUGCUAUUUCUCUGUUACCCCCCCUUUUUUGCUCUCAGCAUCCCACUCUCUCUCCCCCUUUCUAUCCACCUGUCUCUUGGGCUUUCCCUUUGUCUUAGAUGUGCUAAGACAAAGCACACCUGUAUUUCUCUCUCCCCCCUCACAAAUUACCCCCAGUCUCACUUUUAUUUUCUUCUCUUUGUUUAGCUUCUGCCUCUUUGUCUCUGCUUGCCUUGGCCUUUCUCUGGACCCUUUCUCUCUGCCCUUCUGUUUGUCUCUCUCUCUUAGAUAUGUUUUCCCUCCUAGCAUUGUACUUUUUCACUGUCUUAGUUUCCUCUGGCCUCCAAACCUUUCCCUACCUCUUGGCCUUGUUCCUCCCCUCUCAUAGAAACUCUGUCUCCCUCUUGUAGGUGUGCUUUUCCCUCCCAUUCUGAUCAGCCUCCCUUUUCACAGACCCUUCUCCUCUCCUACAACCUUAAACACAUCUACUCUCUCUGAUGUAUGUUGCCUCACCACAUGCAUCACUUCUCUCUUGGUUUCCUUAUCUCUUACAUUCUUGUGAGCGUCUGUGAUCUUGCAUGUUUCUUUUCUAUUUUCCCUUUCUUCUAUGUUCCUCACUUUUCCUCCCUGGUGUCUUCCCAUUGCUUUCUCUUUCUCUUGCUCUCAUUUUUCUUAUGUAUUUUUCUCUCUUCUACCCCAAAUUCCCCUUCUUUCUCAGGUAUGCUUUCCUUCUCUCUCUGAUAGGUUUUUCCUCUUUCUCUAACAUGUUCCUUCUUUUGCAGUUCUCCUCUUUUGGUUUCACUUUCCCACUUGCUCUUUCUUUUGCUUGUGCUAUUGCUUGCUGUCUGUUGUUGUCCCUCUCAUGUUUCCCUUUUCCCUCAUUUCCCUCUCAUCUUUCUGAAUCCUAUUCCCCUGUCCCUUCCUUGUUUUUCCUCAUUUUCCCUCCCUCUCUUUUGCUCUGCUGCUCAGUCUUAUUUUUAGUCACCCCUUGCACACUUGUCCAUCUCUGAAACAUGUCCUUUACUGUGUAUUGUAUUCCCUCAUUUAUGCUUUCAGUCUCUCUCUCAUGCCUUCCUCUUUCUGUCAUUCAUUAUCCCUCCCUCUAAUGCACAGCAUGCCCCCCACUGUCCCUGUCUGUCUUGGCUGCAUUUCGGUUCCUUACACACACUCUGACACUCUCUCAUGCUAUCCUUUUGUGUCUCACGUGCUUUGACUCUUGUUUGUUUCUUUGUUCUCUUGUGUUUCCUUCUCACUCUUGUGCUUUUUACUUCUCUGCCUUGCAUUCCCAGUCUCUCUUUCCUUAUCCUGCAUGCUUUUCUCCCUGUUGCACAAUUUUCAUAUCUCCUUCUUCCAGUUUUCCCUCUGCUCAUGCUUCCUGUACUUCUCCUCUCUUCUGCCAGCCCUUGCUAACCCUUGCUAUCCGUAUAUCUAUCUUGCUUCCCCCCUUCAUUCUCACACUCUCCUGUCCUCUCUCCCCUUCACAGUCUUCUCGCUCUCCCAUCUCAAUUUAUUUUCCUUUUACUUUCACUUCUUCUCUUUUCCCCCUUCAUUUGUCCUCUCCCUCUCUCAAAUGCUUUUUGCCUGUAUAAUCUUUCUUCUCUGGCAUGCUUUCUCUCCCUUCCCUCUCCUUUCCAUAGUUUCCCAAAGUGACAUGCUUUCUUCUCUCUUAGCCUGCCUUCUCUCAGGUGCCCUUGCCCUGUCACAUGCACUUUGCAUCUCUCCAUGGUU